AUGAGAAAAGGAGAAAGCACCAAGAAAGUUGUUGAUAAUAAGAGAACUAGUGGGGGAGAUGCUCUUGCUGAUAUUGUAUGUUUCAAAUGUGGGAAACCUGGUCAUAAGAGUAAUGUGUGUACUGCUGAAGUCAAAAGAUUGGGUCUUAUGUUGUCUUCUAUGAAUGGAGAGAUGGUCGUCGAUACUAUAGCUAAGGGAUCAGUGACUACGUCUCUGUGUUUGUCGUUGAGUGGGUCGGAUGUAAUCUUAGGUAUGAACUGGUUAGAAUAUAACCAUGUUCAUAUUAAUUGCUAUAACAAGUCUGUGAGGUUCUCCACUCCUGAAGAGGAGGGAGCUAGUUUAUUAUCUGCUAGGCAGUUGCGGCAGUUGAUGCAAGAAGAAGCGCAGGUUUUCUCGUUAAUGGCGCCGUUAUCUAUUGAGAAUCAAGCGAUAAUUGAUGAGUUGCAGGUGGGGCAUGAAUUUCCCAAAGUUUUCCCUGAUGAAAUUCCUGAUGUACCGCCAGAAAGAGAAGUUGAAUUUGCUAUUGAUCUUGUAUCUGGUACCAGACCUGUUUCUAUGGCACCAUACAGGAUGUCUGCGUCAGAAUUGUCAGAAUUAAAGAAGCAAUUAGAAUAUUUGCUUGAAAAGAAGUUUGCAAGACCGAGUGUAUCAUCGUGGGGAGCUCCAGUGUUGCUAGUAAAGAAGAAACAUGGAAAUACGAGGCUUUGUGUUGAUUAUAGAUAA